GCAAAUUAUUGCUGCAUGCUGUGCGAUAACACUUAUACACACGUAAACAAACCCCCACCACCCUGCGCCCGCUAGGUAGAUGAACUUUGAUCAAUGAGUUUGUAUUUCUUGUACGAGCCAACAUAAGGGCCAGUCUGUGUUUUGACUUUGAGUUGUCGCUGUCGUCGCCGUCGUUAGCAGAAUACAAACAUGUCGAAAAAUCUAAAAUACUACUACGACCUAAUGUCGCAGCCUUCGAGGGCGCUUUGGAUUUUCCUGGAGAAAACCAAACUGCCCUACGAAAAGUGUUUGAUCAAUCUGGGCAAAGGAGAGCAUCUGACCGAGGAGUUUAAGGCGAUCAAUCGCUUCCAAAAGGUGCCCUGCAUUACGGACAGCCAGAUCAAGCUGGCGGAAAGUGUGGCCAUCUUCCGGUACCUGUGCCGGGAGUACAAGGUGCCGGACCACUGGUAUCCGGCCGACUCGCGCCGCCAGGCCCUGGUGGACGAGUACCUCGAGUGGCAGCACCACAACACGCGCGCGACCUGCGCGAUCUACUUCCAGUACGUGUGGCUGCGGCCGCGCAUGUUCGGCACCAAGGUCGACCCGAAGCAGGCGGAAAAGUAUCGGGCGCAGAUGGAGGGCUCGCUGGACUUUAUCGAGCGCGAGUAUCUCGGGUCGGGCGCUCGGUUCAUCGCGGGGGACGAGAUUACCGUGGCCGAUCUGCUUGCAGCCUGCGAAAUCGAGCAGCCGAGAAUGGCUGGCUAUGAUCCGUGCGAGGGCCGCCCAAACCUUACGCAGUGGAUGGCACGAGUCCGCGAAUCGACCAAUCCGUACUACGACCAGGCGCACAAGUUAGUGAACAAAUUUGCCCAGGACACGGCUAGCAAAGCUAAGCUGUAGCCAUACAACAGAGAGGAUUGUUGCUGUAGGAGACGUACAGACUAGUGAUGGAAUAAGUGAUGGAAGUUUUCUGGAAUCGAUUCAGGAAUUGGCUCCGAAAUUGGAAUCGGCUCCGGAAUUAGAAUCGGUUCUGGAAUCGAAAUUGGUUCGGGAAUUGGAAUCGG